UAGGGCUCUUCGCGCUAGGGAUUUUGGGCAGCUCGGGGAUGAAGCGCCCGGAGGAAGAUGCCGCCAUUGUCCCCGCCAAGCGCGCUAGAACAGAGCUAGAGGAGGUAAGCGGCAGCGACGGCAAGCAGAUCCGGCACUUCAAUGGCGUCCGCCGCACUUCCAGCCUCGAAUCGCCGACGAUGCUGCUCAGCGGCCACGCCGGGGCGAUCUACACCAUGAAAUUCCACCCGCGCGGCGACGUGAUCGCGUCGGGGAGCUUCGACAAGGAUAUUUUCCUGUGGCGCGUCACCGGCCCCUGCGAGAAUUUCAUGGUGCUCAAGGGCCACCGCAACGGCGUGCUAGACGUGCAUUGGAUGCUCGACGGCGGCCAGAUCGUGUCCGCGAGCCCGGACAAGACGGUGAGGGCCUGGGACGCGGACACCGGGCGCCAGAUCAAGAAGAUGGCCGAGCACUCCUCCUUCGUCAAUGCGUGCUGCCCGGUGAAGAAAGGCCCGCCUUUGCUCGUCAGCGGCUCCGACGAUGGCACCGCCAAGCUCUGGGACCUCCGCCGCCGGGGCUGCAUCCAGACGCUCCCGGACAAGUACCAAGUCACGGCAGUGGGCUUCUCCGAGGCGGCGGACAAGGUUUUCUCCGGAGGGAUCGACAACGAAGUGAAAGUCUGGGAUCUUCGCAAGAACGAGGUGGUGAUGCAUCUCCAGGGGCACCUUGAUACGAUCACAGGGAUGGAGCUCAGCCCGGAUGGAUCGUUCUUGCUCACGAACUCGAUGGACUCGACGCUGAAGAUCUGGGAUCUUCGUCCCUACGCUCCACAGAACCGGUGCGUGAAGACGUUCACUGGGCACGUCCACACGGUGGAGCAGAAUCUGCUCAAGUGUAGCUGGUCGCCGGAUGGGAACAGGGUGACGGCCGGGAGCGGGGACCGUAUGGUCUACAUCUGGGAUACGUCCAGCCGCCGGAUCUUGUACAAGCUUCCGGGACACACGGGGUCUGUGAACGAGUCCGUGUUCCACCCGACGCAGCCGAUCAUCGGCUCGUGUAGCAGCGACAAGCAAAUCUAUCUUGGCGAGAUUGAGCCGUGAGAGAUCUUGGCAAGGCGAUCCAGAUUUCCAGGAAGGUUGAGCUCCUAGAGCAGUCAGAAAGUUUCAGAUUUCCAGAAAGGUUGAGCUCCAAGAGUAGUGAGAAAUUUUCUUUUUGCCUCUGUUGUAAAACUAACCUUCGCGCAAUCUUUUGAUUUAAAAGCUUAUAGAACACAGCUACUUUCAUUCA